CUAAAAACAAUUAAAAUAUAUAUAUAUAUAUAUAUAUAUGUUAACUACAUGGGCUUAAUUACUAAAGUUGUUAUAUCUUUCAAUAUUGGUUUUUAAUAAUUUGGGCCCUUAAUUUCUAUCGUCUAUGGUGUAGUGUUAGUAUUUGUGUGUGCCAGAGAUUUUGGUGUGCCAAAAGGGUGAGUGGGUGUCCUUCCAUCAUAGAGAGCAUGUUUUGGUGGGAUAGAAUUAUAUGGUUCAUUUUCUAAAUGUUUUUGUUGGAUUUUGCACAACCCUUGAUUAGAUUUUGUUGUGUGUGUGUGUGUGUGGAAAAAUUAACAUACUUGUGAUAGAUCUGUUGAUUGUCUUUACCUAUGGACAUUUAGGUCUAUUGGUGGGUGAACUGUAAAUUUUUGUGUUUUGUGAUGAUUCUUUCUAUUUAUUUUUUAUUUCAUAUUUUUCACUCUCAAUUGCAGAACAAAACUUGACAAGCAUUAAAUUUUCUUGUGUUUUGUGAUUAACUGAGGCAGGAGGCAACAUUCAGAUCAAUGAUGAAGAAAAAGUAGAAUUACCUAUCUUUGAUAUCGUCACCAUUAGCAGGGCAACUAACAAGUUUUGUGACGCAAAUAAAAUUGGAGAAGGUGGUUUUGGGCCUGUUUACAAGGGUCUGCUAUCAACUGGAAAGGAGAUAGCUGUCAAACAAUUCUCAACUACCUCGAAACAAGGUCUUAAUGAAUUCAAAAGUGAAGUGACUUUGGUUGCCAAACUUCAACACCGUAAUCUGGUUAUGCUUUUGGGAUGUUGCAUCCAUGGAGAAGAAAGAAUGUUAAUUUACGAGUGCAUGCCCAAUGGAAGCUUGGAUUCUCUCAUUUUUGGUUUGCCCUCUUGACCUUCCUCAUCUAUGUAUUGUUAGCUUGGAAUUCACAUUUGACCAAUGGAACAGAAAAGUAUGUUAAUAGAAGAAGUUUGUCUCACUACAAUAAUGUAUAGAAAACACAAGAAGUAAAUCACUUACAUGGAGGAGACGCUUAAAUAUUAUUGUUGGGAUUGCUCAAGGGGUUCUUCAUCUACAUUGAGAUUCAAAAUUGAGAAUUAUUCAUAGGGAUCUCAAAGCCAGCAAUGUCUUAUUGGAUUGUGAGAUGAAUCCUAAAAUUUCAAAUUUUGGCCUAGCUAGGACUUUUGGAGGAGAUCAAUCAUCUGCAACAACAAGAAGAGUGGUUGGAACUUAUGGGUACAUGUCACCGGAAUAUGUAAUUGAUGGCCUCUUUUCAAUAAAAUCCGAUAUUUUUAGCUUUGGAGUCAUAAUCUUAGAAAUAUUGAGUGGCAAAAGCAAUAGGCGAUUCCAUCAUCCAGACCAUGAUUUUAACCUUCUUGGGCAUGCAUGGACACUUUGGAUAGAAGGGAAGGCAUGUGAGCUAUUAGAUCCACUGGUGGAGGGUUCAUUUUCAAUGUCAGAAGUACUAAGGUGCAUACAGAUUGGUCUUUUAUGCGUGCAAAAAUGCCACAAAGAUAGGCCAACUAUGUCAACUGUGCUGUUAAUGUUGAUUACUGAGACUAUAGUGCUGCCUCAACCCAACCAACCUGGCUUUUAUACAGAGAGGAAAUCUAGUGACACAAAUUAUUUGUUGGCUCAGAGCAACAAUAUGACUAUGUCACAACUAGAUCCUCGAUAAAAUUGUUCGAAAUAAUUUAUUAGUGAAUAUACUAUAAAACACUACUACCGAUAAUGAUAAAUAAAUCAUCACAAACCACAUAUACAAAUUUGUAAAUUUGUAAAAUUGUAAAGUGCAUUGAGAUACAGCCAUCAACCAUGAUUGAUUUGAUUUA